AAAUUAAAUACUAAAAAAAGUAAUUUUAUUAAAUUUUGUGCGUCAUCAUGAUAUGGGCGCUGUACAUAGUGUAGUAUGAUAAAUCCCUUUAUUUCUCUCUGCCCGUUUCACCCCUUUAUAGAAAAAAGCCAGUGAAUCAUUCUUCUUCUCCUCCAAAAACAGGUUAACAACAACACAUACACAUCUCUCUCUCUCUCUCUUCUUCGUUUUAUAUUUCCAUUCUUUUUCUUCAUUUCCGCCAUUUCUGUUUUAUUUUGGUUGCCGAGAAAACGCAGGAACUCGGUGACCUAAUUAUAGUCUCGUCGAUUGUCUUUUUCAGAAUUUUCGACGAAUUUUAUUGAUUAAUAAUUAAUUAAUGGCGGAAGAACAUCCAUGUCAGACGCCGGAAGGCCACCGUCUCUGCGUUAACAACUGCGGUUUCUUCGGAAGCUCAGCCACCAUGAAUCUCUGCUCCAACUGCUACGGCGACCUCUGCCUCAAGAACCAGCAGCAAGCUUCCAUGAAAUCAACCGUCGAGUCCUCCCUCUCCGCCGCAUCUCCUCCGUCGUCACCGGAGAUCCAGUCAAUCUCCACGUCGACGAUCGCGCCCGUCGUCCAAAUUCACGCGGCGGAGAUACAGAUAGAGAAACAAAUCCAGCAGCAACGGCCUAAUCGGUGCACCGUGUGCAGGAAACGGGUCGGGUUAACCGGGUUCAUGUGCCGGUGCGGGACGACUUUCUGCGGGACCCACAGGUAUCCGGAGGUUCACGGAUGCACGUUCGAUUUCAAAUCGGCUGGGCGCGAGGAGAUCGCGAAGGCUAACCCGUUGGUCGUAGCCGCGAAGCUCCAGAAGAUAUGAUCUGAGCUGAGCCGUUGCUUGCGUUGUUCACCGUGAAACAUACUUUUAUGUUACGGACAUGUGUUUACGUAAUUAAUGGUUGAGACAGUUUUCAUUCACCUUUUAAUUAUUUUCCUUUUCUUCCGGAAGAAUUUUAAAGUUUUAUAAUUGUGUGGCUUUGUGCUUGUAAAAAAAAAGAUUUUCUUUUGCGGAAAAAAAAAGAAAAUAUAUAAAAUUGUGUCUCGCUUUUCUAAUAUU